AUGCAUCUCAAUGUGGUUCUCAUCAUGACUGUAAGCACUAUCUCGUUAACGUACGGUCAAUAUAAAACGAUACUGCGCUUUCUUCAAGAGCUCACGGAGGUGUCCUCCAUGGUGGCGUCAAAGGACUUCAACGACAUGGCGAUAUUCGUUCAUUCAAAGAAUAUUUUUGUAUUUUUGCUUAUCUCAAGUCACGUGUUCAAUUGCGUUGAAAGUGGAAACACGUUCAUAACAGUGAAAAAUUUUUACGUUCUAUUCGUUAUGUUGGUGAACUUCGUCAUGGACAUGUUCCACAUUAACUCGGCGUGCGUUUUAAAAGCAUGCUUCAUGAAAAUCAACGAAGAAAUUAAUAAAUUUCGAAAACCCGUCACCAAGACAUUUCUGCGCCACAAACAGAGGACUGCCUCGUUGCUGAUGAAAUUGAAGAAUUUAGAAGGGAAACACCUGCAGGUCACCGAUAUUCUACAAUUACUGAACAAGAUGUUUGUCACGCAACACGUAGUAACAGCUUUCAACACUUGUGUUAUUGUUACUUUGAAUUUGUACUUUUGGAUAGUGCUGAUCAUCGGUGGGACAAAAGCUCAGAAAAAUCAACUAUUUUGGUACUGGCUUUAUAUUACUCCUGUCAUAUAUAAUUUUCUUAAAUUUGUUACGACGAUUUGGGCCUGUGAAACGGCGACUAAGAAAGCUGAACAAAUCCGCACUACUCUUCACGAUGCCCUUAGCGAGGCGACCGAUUUGUCGGUGAAACGCGAGCUGCAGCUUUUCUCGCUGCACAUACUACACGGUGACACUACGUUUUCAGCGAAAGUAAUCGAUUUGAACGCAUUGCUUCUUGCGGAGGUCGUGGGAGGCAUCAUCGGGUACCUUUUGAUACUGCUCCAAUUCUUAGUGGACUCGAUGGUAUGCGAGGCCAUGCAAGAGUGA